CCCGGUGCAGCUGCUGUGGGUGAACCUGGUGACGGACGGUCUGCCCGCUACCGCGCUCGGCUUCAACCCCCCCGACCUCGACAUCAUGGACAAGCCCCCGCGCAAGGCCGACGAGGGUCUCAUCUCCGGCUGGCUGUUCUUCAGAUACAUGGCUAUCGGUGGGUACGUGGGCAUGGCGACUGUGGGCGCGGCGUCGUGGUGGUUCAUGUACUCCCCGUACGGGCCGCAGAUGACGUACUGGCAGCUCACGCACCACCUGCAGUGUCUCAGCGGAGGAGAUGAAUUCAAGGGCAUCGACUGCAAGAUCUUCACGGACCCGCACCCGAUGACGAUGGCGCUGUCGGUGCUGGUAACCAUCGAGAUGUUGAACGCGAUGAACAGCUUGUCGGAGAACCAGUCACUGGUGACGAUGCCGCCCUGGUCCAACAUGUGGCUGGUGGGCUCCAUGGCGCUCUCCUUCACCCUCCACUUCGUCAUUCUAUACGUCGAGGUCCUCUCGGCGGUGUUCCAGGUGACGCCGCUGUCGGUGGACGAGUGGGUGACGGUGAUGAAGUUCUCCAUCCCCGUGGUGUUGCUGGAUGAGGUGCUCAAGUUCGUGGCGCGCAAGAUCUCCGACGUGAACGAGGUGGUCGUUGACAAGUGGUAACCGACCCACCAUCGAUCGAUCAGUACAUAGUCCCUCUGCCACUCGGACCGCCCCCGACUCCCGAUAUUACCAUUGGCUUUUAGUUUCCGCAAAAGUUGACUCGGGAGCCCGCCGCCGCAGCUGCGAUCACCGGAGAGGACGUGUUCAUAACGUGUAUAUACAGUAUACUUAGGAGGUUUAAUCGUUUUGUUAAAUUACGUUGUUUUCUCAAAGACUACAUGGUGCCCGUCGACAGAAGCAGUGCGAUAAACUAUUGUGUACUUAAGUUGACAGCAUGCUAUUAAUUUAUUAUUAUAUUUUUAUGUUAUAUCUAGUUUGCUUAUCUAGAGUCGAAUCUAUACUUCUAUUAGUGCUGACGCCUCGACGAGCAAUAUGGUGUCUGUAAGGGAAGGAUAUACAUAUUAUCCAGUGUUCGGGACCUAAGAGGUCCAAAAAUUAAACAUACCUGUACAUUUUAAUGUAUUAUUGUUUUGUACAAUAAAUCGUUAUAAAAUUA